GCAAUUGCUAAAUCAUUUUUAUCUGCUGACACCAUUUUAGCAGCUCUAUACUAUAAAUAGACAAACCCAAAAUCUCCACUAAAAAUUGAUUGAAACUUCAAAAAAGGACUAAGUAUUAACUUCUUUUGAUAAUCUUGUUUACUGUAAAGCUUUGCUACCUGAAAAAUUCACCAUUGAUCAUUGAUCAGAGUUCUGUAUUUGGAUUGUAUUCAUUUUUGGUUCUUGAAAGGAUCAUUUGGGUGAAAUCUAAUGGCAAAAAUGGUUGAUGAUUCCAUUAAACCUCGAGAUGUAUGCAUUGUGGGUGUUGCUCGAACGCCAAUGGGUGGUUUCCUUGGUUCACUUUCGUCUUUGUCUGCUACACAGCUUGGUUCUGUAGCAAUCCGAGCUGCUCUUAAGAGAGCAAAUGUAGACCCGUCCGUUGUUCAAGAGGUCUUCUUUGGAAAUGUUCUCAGUGCAAACUUAGGUCAAGCCCCUGCAAGACAGGCUGCCUUAGGAGCUGGAAUACCUAAUUCAGUGAUUUGCACGACCAUUAACAAAGUGUGUUCUUCAGGACUUAAAGCAACAAUGAUUGCAGCACAGACUAUACAAUCAGGAACCAAUGAUAUCGUUGUGACUGGUGGCAUGGAAAGCAUGUCUAAUGUACCGAAAUACCUAGCUCAAGCAAGAAAGGGGUCUCGGCUAGGGCAUGAUACUAUAGUAGAUGGCAUGCUAAAAGAUGGACUCUGGGAUGUCUAUAAUGAUUUCGGGAUGGGCGUCUGUGCAGAACUAUGUGCUGAUCAGUUUAAAAUCACAAGAGAAGAACAGGAUUCUUAUGCUAUUCAAAGCUUUGAGCGAGGAAUUUCUGCGCAACGUAGUGGUGCAUUUGCAUGGGAAAUAGUUCCGGUAGAAAUUUCUGGUGGAAGAGGGAGACCAUCUAGUGUUGUUGAUAAAGAUGAGGGUUUAUUAAAGUUUGAUGCCUCCAAACUGAAAAAGCUUAGACCAAGUUUCAAGGAGAAAGGAGGUUCUGUUACUGCAGGCAAUGCUUCCAUUAUAAGUGACGGCGCCGCAGCGUUAGUUCUAGUGAGUGGACAAAAGGCGCUUGAACUUGGAUUGCAAGUAAUCGGUAGGAUCAGAGGAUUUGCAGAUGCAGCUCAGGCACCUGAGUUAUUCCCGACAGCUCCAGCUCUUGCUAUACCCAAAUCAAUUAAGAAUUCUGGCCUUGAGUCAUCUCAAAUUGACUAUUAUGAAAUAAAUGAAGCGUUCGCUGUCGUGGCUCUCGCCAACCAAAGACUGCUCAAUCUUGAUUCGGGAAAACUAAAUGCACACGGUGGAGCUGUGUCAUUGGGACAUCCUUUAGGGUGCAGUGGAGCUAGGAUUCUGGUAACUCUUUUAGGGGUAUUGAAGCAAAAGAAUGGGAAGUUUGGUGUUGCUGGAAUCUGUAACGGGGGAGGAGGCGCAUCUGCCCUCGUUGUAGAGCUCAUGCCUGUACGGAUGGUGGCGCGUUCCUCGCUUUGAAACUGGAAAAUUUCUGUUGCACUGUCUGCAUCAACAUAGCGAGACGUCUAAAUCUUGUCCUUAAUUGUGGAAACUAUAUAAGCAAUGGUCUCGGGGUUUAACUUAUAUGCAAUGACAAUAUAAUUGAUUUAUGCACUAUCAGUGCAUUUUGACUUGUUAUAGCAGGUGUUAGUGUGUAUGUCAUAAGUUAUAUAGUGUCAGUGUGAGGAAGUUAAACUCGUAAUCUAAUAAUGCCAUGAAUUUGACAAA